AGCCAUGAAUUAAAGAGAAAUUUCUUUCAAAAAUCUUCAAUUUAUUUCUUAAAAUUGAAAAUCAAGUACUCAAAAUUUAGAAAGUGACACGUCAACAUCCAAAGGAUCUCCAUGAUAUAAUGAUUUCAAGGACAUUCCUGUAAAUAACGAUACGGGAACGGGGAAACCGUGGUCGGUUAUUCCACUUCUGCAAAUAGUGGCAGUGGACCGGUCAGGAAUCAGAUCAUGCACCGUCUCUGCAAUUCACAACACCACAAGAGGAAUGGACAUCCGCGAAUCCAUCAGGAAUCAAAACGACGUCGCUUUGGGCCUUGCCAAGCAUGUGCUCUUAACCGAAGCCAAAAGCUCUAAUUCAGUCUUCUCGCCGCAGUCGAUCCAGGUGGUGCUCAGCCUUAUUGCCGCCGGGUCCAAUGGUGCCACCCUCGACCAGUUGCUUUCUUUCCUCAAAUCAAAGUCAAAUUAUCACUUGAAUUCCUUGUCGUCCGAGCUCGUUCCUGUGAUUUUCGGAGACGGCAGCUCCAGCGGUGGGCCACGCUUGUCCUUUGCCAACGGUGUUUGGGUGGAUAAGUCUCUCUCUCUCAAGCCUUAUUUCAAACAAGUGUUGGAUAAUGCAUACAGAGUUGCUUCUAAUCAAGCUGAUUUCCAGACAAAGGCUGUUGAGGUGACUAAUGAAGUAAACGAAUGGGCUGAAAAAGAGACCAAUGGUCUUAUCAAAGAGGUUCUUCCCUCUGGGUCAGUUGACCACACAACUAGGCUCCUAUUUGCAAAUGCACUUUAUUUCAAAGGGGCUUGGAAUGAAAAAUUUGAUGUGUCAACUACAAAGGACUAUGAUUUUUACCUUUUUAAUGGAAGCUCAGUUCGGGCACCCUUUAUGUCUAGCAUAAAGAAGCAAUUUAUUAGCGCCUUUGAUGGUUUCAAAGUCCUGGGACUCCCUUAUAAACAAGGUGAAGAUAAACGCCAGUUUUCCAUGUACAUCUUCCUCCCAGAUGCAAAAGAUGGGCUUCCUUCUUUGGUGGAGAAAGUGGAUUCUGAGUCUGGGUUUGUGGAUCACCACCUUCCGAAGGAAAAAGUAGAAGUGGGUGAUUUCAGGAUUCCAAAGUUUAAGCUUUCCUUUGGGUUUGAAGCUUCCAAAUCUCUCAAGGGAUUAGGACUGGUGCUGCCAUUCUCUGGUGAAGGAGAUUUGACAGAGAUGGUGGACUCCUUUGUUGGUCAGAAUCUAUAUGUUUCAAGUAUAUAUCAUAAAUCCUUCAUCGAAGUAAAUGAAGAAGGCACGGAAGCUGCUGCUGCUUCUGCUGGUGUUGUAAAUGUUAUGAGUCUGGCUAUCCCUCCUGAGUUGGACUUUGUAGCUGACCAUCCAUUCUUAUUCCUGAUCAGAGAAGACAUGACCGGAGUGGUGCUUUUCAUCGGCCAAAUUCUUGAUCCCUCACAGGCGAAUUAAAUCUUCCGUACUGGAGAACCCGU